AUGAGCACGCACGAGGAGCGAGACAUGCUCAACCGACUUUUCGGCGAUCUACUUUCCGACUUGGAAAGCGAUGACGACGGCCGCGCGAAGGAACCAGGACCGAUCACCAGGCCUGGCAGCAGCAACCGCCGCCCGGUGCCCCGCGUGGGCACCAGUAUACAACGGGGCGACGCGGAGACACGGCGCCGUGCCCAAUUCUUGGCAACUCCACCGCCACCCAGGAAGCCGCGGGCCCGGCAACAACGGCCACCACCCGCCGUAACAAGGCGACGCGCACCGGCCAGCACCGACCGGAGAGAGCCACCGCCAGGGAACGCCGACCCCCGGACUACCCUAGCAAACGCCGCCGCCACGCCUCCGGCGCCACGCAAGUCUUUUGCCCGCCGGCUGUUUCCGCCAGAACCGACCGCCACCACGACCGCACCACGUGCGCCAAGCCAGGCAGCACCAGCGCCACCAAGGCAUCCAGCGCCGGCACGACCCCCGGCAGCACCCCGCGCGACGGCUGGAGCUACCACCUGCUGCGCAGUCACCAGGCCCGAAGCAACGUGCCGACCGCCACCAGCCAGGGCCGAUCUGGGAGCGACGCACCAACCACCACCCUCGAGGGCGGCACCAACACCCGUCGCCCCGCGCCUAGAGCCGGUGAUCGUCUCCCUACCGUCAGCAGAAGUGGUAGUGGUGCCGUACACAGCGGCCUUCCGGAACCGGAAGUAUCGGGCCAACACCACCGAGGGGCGCUGGCUAUUGCGGUUCGACCAUCAGGGCCGCCUACGCUCUACCCGGAAGCUGCCCGACAGGCCGACCGAGGAAUAG